CCCAUCACUUCUGCUUCUCCCGUGUCCCCUGGAGCAUUUUCAGCCCAAGUGGAAACCAUGGAGCAUCUCCAUGGUGGGAAAGACCAUGCUGGGUCCCAUGAGAAUCCCUGUUCCUUGAAGGUGUCAUAGAAUCAUGGAAUAUUUUGGGUGGGAAGGGACCUCAAAGCCCAUCCAGUCCCACCCUCUGCCAUGGGCAGGGACACCUCCCACUGGAUCAGGUUGCUCCAAGGCCCAUCCAACCUGGCCUGGAACCCCUCCAGGGAUGGGAUCUCGGGGUUCUGGUUGACAUCAAGUUAGAAUCAUGAAACUACAGAUUGGUUUGAUGGGAAGGGACUUCAAAGCCCAUCGAGUUCCAGCCCAGGGACACCUCCCACUGGAUCAGGGGCUCCAAGAACCAUCCAACCUGGUCUUGAACCCUUCCAGGGAUGGAGCAGCCACCACUGCUCUGAGCAACCUCUUCCAGGGCCUCCCCACCUUCACAGCAAAACGCUGAGAUGAGAUCUUAGGGAGAAAUUUCCUCUCUUUCAUCUCAAAACCAUUCCCCUCAUCCCAUCUCUGCACCCCCUGAUCCACAGCCCCUCCCCAGCUUUCCUGGACCCCCUUUCCCUACUGGAAGCUGCUCUAAGGUCUCCCUGGAGCCUUCUCUUCUCCAGGCUGGACAACCCCAGGAAGGGACAUGGAUGCCCAGAACCCAUCCCGUGCUAUUCCUGCUGCUCCCACACACCUCCCUGCUCCAGGAUGGGGAGAUCUUCUCCUUCCUCCCCCACCUGGUGGCCCCGUCCCUCCCCGGUGCUCAAGGUUGGUGACCUUUCAUGCUCCCGCGCUCCCGCACCGCAGCCGUGCCGUCAGCUUGAUCGGCUCUGACAGCGGCGAUGCCACCUCAGCUCCAUGGGGGGACCACGAGCCGGUCCCGUAGGGGGUGACAGGGCCACCACGAUGGUGUCACCGCUAUCCAUCCUGCGGCUCAGAGUCGCUCGAUGAGCGUCAACGGCGGUGCAGAAGCUUCCCGGGAGCCUUUGGACUCGCUCCAUCUUGGUGUCACCUACAAGGGUGAUGGGGACCUUCAAGGGGUAGAGGGGUGGCUCCAUGGCAUGGUGGGGGUCUCCGGAGAGCUGGUGGCAUGUGCUGGCACCGUGGUGUCACUCAGCUGCCGUGCCGCGGGGACACCUUGUCCGCUGCCGUGGGGGGCUGUGGGGUGCCUACAGACACCCCGGGGGCAAAGCCGUCUGCUCCUCACCUGCAGAUCGGACACUCCUGUGGAACACUCCAGGCACCUGAGAUGUUCUGGGGCACCCAUGGGUGUUCUCCUUUUCCUGGGUUUCCUGGUCUGUGCUCGAUUCCGGAAGGUCGGGUCUUCAACGGCUCCGCCAAACCCAUCGACAGUGGUCCCCCCGUCAUGGCCGAGGACUUCCUGGACAUCAAUGGCCAACCCAUCAACCCCCACAGCCGCAUCUACCCCGAGGAGAUGAUCCAGACUGGCAUCUCCCCCAUCGACGUGAUGAACAGCAUCGCCCGGGGCCAGAAGAUCCCCAUCUUCUCCGCUGCUGGGCUCCCCCACAACGAGAUCGCCGCGCAGAUCUGCCGGCAGGCCGGCCUGGUGAAGAAGUCCAAGGAUGUGGUGGACUACCAUGAGGACAACUUCGCCAUCGUCUUCGCUGCCAUGGGGGUGAACAUGGAGACUGCUCGCUUCUUCAAGUCGGACUUUGAGGAGAACGGCUCCAUGGAGAACGUCUGCCUCUUCCUCAACCUGGCCAACGACCCCACGAUCGAGCGCAUCAUCACGCCCCGCCUGGCGCUGACCGCGGCCGAGUUCCUCGCCUAUCAGUGCCAGAAGCACGUGCUCGUCAUCCUCACCGACAUGAGCUCCUACGCCGAGGCCCUGCGCGAGGUGUCGGCGGCCAGGGAGGAGGUGCCCGGCCGCCGUGGCUUCCCCGGCUACAUGUACACCGACCUGGCCACCAUCUACGAGCGAGCUGGGCGCGUGGAGGGCAGGAACGGCUCCAUCACCCAGAUCCCCAUCCUCACCAUGCCCAACGACGACAUCACCCACCCCAUCCCUGACCUGACGGGGUUCAUCACCGAAGGGCAGAUCUACGUUGACCGGCAGCUCCACAACAGGCAGAUUUACCCUCCCAUCAACGUGCUGCCCUCCCUCUCCCGCCUGAUGAAGUCGGCCAUCGGCGAAGGAAUGACCAGGAAGGACCACGGGGAUGUCUCCAACCAGCUGUACGCCUGCUACGCCAUCGGCAAGGACGUGCAGGCCAUGAAGGCGGUGGUGGGCGAAGAGGCGCUCUCCACCGAUGACCUCCUCUACCUGGAGUUCCUGCAGAGGUUCGAGAAGCAGUUCAUCUCCCAGGGUCCCUACGAGAACCGGAGCAUCUUCGAGUCCCUGGACAUCGGUUGGCAGCUGCUGCGCAUCUUCCCCAAGCAGCUGCUGAAACGCAUCCCUGAGGCCAUCCUGGCCGAGUUCUACCCGCGUGAGGCCAAGGGGUCGGGCCAGGGGCCUUCCAGCACCGCCCUCUGACCUCCUCCUCUUGCUCCAGGAUGAGAAGGUCCCCGUGGAGAAGCGCCCUUGUCUCCUCCAAACUCCUACGGACCACCCAAAGGUCUCUGUGGUGGGGCUGGUUGGGAUUAACCACCAUGAGGCUGUGGCAAUGGCAUCCCGAAGCGGUGAGGAACCUCUUCUCCUUGCUCAAUAAAACCAGCGUGGCCACCAAAACCCCUUCACGCUGUUGUGUUUCCCACCGCCGCUGCUUCCUUCCCACCCCCGGAGGUGGUAGUGUUGGGUUGGCGGUUGGACUGAAUGAUCUGAAAGGUCUUUUCCAACCUCAAUGAUUCCAUGAUUCUCUGACCUGAGCAUCUCCCUGGG